AUGAGAAAUCAUCUCCUGUUUAUUUUUAUAUUAUACUUGAAUAUAAAUUCAGUGCAAUCUGACAAAUACGAUCUACAAAAUCGCGGGGAUGAAAAUCUAGAAGCGGAGGAAGAGGAGGAGGAUGAACAAUCAACUGACAAGCGGUCAAAAUCAAUGUAUGAAUUUUUGUACAAGCGGAUGAAUCAGGAUGUCGUGAAGAAAAAACCAUUCAAGCCGAAUAUUUAUAUGAUUCCUGGUGGGUUUUUGACGGAUACGAUUUGAAUAAUUUUUCAAAAAUGCAAGAUUUUAGGACCGCAAGAUCCGUUACCUGGUCGAUCUCAUAUGGGAGACUAUUUCCCCGUCUUCCCAUUUCAAAAUCAAUACUCUGGAGGUCUAGACUUAGAUCCUUCUCCAGCUAGGGUAAAUAAGAACCUUCAUCUCAAAUGAAACCUUGAAUGUUUAGCACAUCGGAGGCGAUUUGAACCUGGCAAUUCCAUCCUGGGGAAUUCUCGAUCUCUACGGUCGCUACAACAAUCGCAUUCGUGAUACGACCACAAAGAUCGGGUAUAUGAAUCAUCCAGUGAAUAUGAUGGAUCUGGAGAAGGAAGAUCUUGUGAAGCUUAUGAGUGAUCCAUCGAUGUUGCAGAAUAGAAGUGAGGGGUUUUACUAGGUUUCCAAGUUGGCUUCCAAAUUUUUCAGAUGCCCAGCCCACUUUACCGAUAGGAAAGUUUGGAAGACAAUACGUUCCGAUGAGUUGUAAACCACCGAUGUGUAAUCCAUAUCACAUGAACUUCGGGAUGGGAGUAAGUUAACCCCCCUCCCCCUCCUAACAUUACUAAAUUCCACCCUCUUCCAGCUCGACCACGAUUGGGGAGGUUGGGAUGGAAUUGACGGAGAUAUCGAUGUUCCGUUGCCAAUCUCGAAAGGCGUUGCUUAUCGCUUCCCAUUUUCUGGAAACUUCUACACGGCAAGAGACAAUAUGACAGUGCAUUACGGACAGAAUUUGUCGCCGAUCGAACCGUUCUCGAGUUUGUUUGAUUAUCAGAAACAUCGAGAUCCGGCGCUUCGAAUUCCGAGAAAAUGGGAUAAGCGAAGUGUGAAAGAGUAUCCGGAGGAACAGAUUAGAAAGUAUAAAGAGAGAUUUGUUGAGAAAAAUGCGAGGAGGAAAUAUAAGAUAAGAUCGCAAAUUCCGCAGAAUUUUUAUACACCAAUACCACUUCCGAAUGUUCGCCAAAUGUAUCCGAUUGUUAGGCAAGAGUCACAGUUCUAUUAUUAUUCUUCUCAAUUUCCAUUUGGACAUGCACAGUAUUUUGAAAGACCAGUCAGAAGAAGAAGACCGUAUAUUAUUUAUCACUAUUAA